AUGAGUAAACGAUUCCGCCGUAAAGCAUUUCUUUUCAGGGUAUGCUUUCUAGUGUUGGCUGGGCAAGUCCUGCUACUCUGCCAUAGAUGGGCCGAGGAAGAACAGCAAGAACACUACUCUGUCGAGAUAUUGCCGAGAAUUCAUUUUACGCCAGCUGAAAGUAACUUAUCACUGAAAUCUUCAUCCGCAUUGAUCACAGAACCCAGUUUUUCGUCCGGCAGCCAACGAAGGGAUGAACUAUCUGAUACUUUAUGGCCCGCAGACACUUUCCGCAAUAGAACUUUAGUGGUUGUUCUGGGUAGUCUUCGCUGUGGGGAAGCGGCAUGGAAGAGUCUAUACCGCAAUGUCCUGGAUGUCAACAACGCUGAUUUGGCCGUUAUUACGCAGGCUAAACCAAAAUCAGACAACAGCCGUCAUACCGUAUCUUUGCUGCAACGGGCCAAAUAUGUUUGGGAGGUACCUUCCUUUACCGACUGGGCGGAUGCGUUGGACUUAAUGGCGGGAGGAAGAGCCUGGAGGGAACGGGUACCAGAAUAUUAUACAGACCACGAAUCGGGUAUUCUGGGUGGUGCCUUGAAUUACUCUGGGAGCGGCGCAAUUAUCUUCUGGUACCGAUGGUUCCUUACGGAGCGGAUUCGGGAACUGAAUUGGAAGUCUCGGUACGAUCGGUUCGUUAUUACGCGAAGCGAUCAUUUUUAUCUCUGCCCACACGACAUCAACGAACUGGAUCCUUACUUUAUGUGGGUUCCACAAGGACAGACCUGGGGUGGUGUCACCGAUCGCUAUUUGGUCGUUAAUGCAUCGAAUGUUUUGGAAGCAUUGAACAUACUACCCCCCUUAUUGAAAAACCCUUCGAGAUACUCCAAUUAUUUGCAACGGAAAGUCAAUACUGAGCAUUUUUUGGCCAUGCGCUGGCGCGAACAGUCGCUCUUUCCAGACAAGCGCAACAAGUUUCCCCGAACCAUGUUCGUGUGUAUGGCUCGCGAAGAUGCCCUCACAUCGUGGAAACCACUGGGCAUCGAAGUGUUCCCGGGUGUGUUCACCAAGUAUCACAUCGAAUUUUCGACGAGUCAACAGGCCUGCCGAAUGUCUCGACAAGAACGACUAGACUUCAUAGCACGCAAAUCUAAUUUAUUGCCGACUUAA